ACCAGUAAAAUGCAUAUAUUCGUUUUUUAGUUUUUAUGGCCUGGUAUGAAGACAAGUCCCUGGACAGCACUUCGCACCAACGUGCCGAUCCUCCAAGAACUCCAGAUAAAGACGAGACCAUCUGCCUACGUAGAGUUCUGGAAUACUUUGGCCACAUUGCAACAAAGGAUCACGGCAGCUUGGAGAAGCUAAUGGUGACUGGCAAAGUGAACGGAAGAAGACCACGAGGUAGAGGCCCGACACGUUGGUCUGACCAGAUCCGCACUACCCUCGACACCACAGUUCACGAUGCUCUACACUCGGCGGCAGAUAGAGGUGGUCACGACCCUCAGUAUUGAGGAAACCGAAGCAAGAAGAAGAAGAAGAUGAAGAUUUUUAAGCUAAGACAUAUUUUCUUUUUAUAUUCUGUUACUUAAGCACACGAAAAAUGAUCUGAAGCGAAACGCAGAUGAAGUUAAUUAAUUUGACAUUAAAUCAAUUUGGAUGAAAUUAAAUGUAAAGAGAUAUGAUGGGAUAAAAUAAAUACU